AAAAUGAAGCAAGAUUUUAAGAUGCUAUCCUUUUUCCUGACACUAUGCUCAAUAAGCAGCAUGGUUGCCGGAAAAAGUUUGCUUGCAAAUCUAAUGAAACAAGCAGAAACUCUUCAACAUGGUCUUGAUUUAGCCUCAAAAGUGGGUGAUAUAGGUUCACACAGAAAUGACAUAGCAUUCACUGCAGUGCCAUCCAGUUCCCAAUCUUCCAGCUCUGGAGCUGUGAUUCGGUUUAAUACAGUCAAAAUCAACCAUGGGAACGCUUUCAGCACCAGUAACUAUCGUUUUACGGCCCCAUCUGCUGGCUUGUAUGUCUUCUCUUGGAGUAUUUCUGUUCAUAGCAGUUAUAAUGGGAACUCAAGACUGAUGAAAGAUGGAUCAAUCUAUCAUCAAACUCACUGCCAGAGAACCUAUCAGCAGUGUGGUUCUACCAUUACAAUAUGGCUAAACAAGAACAACCAGGUCUGGGUAACAUCUGGCGUUUCAAGUUUUUAUGCUUUAGGUACAUACUCCUCCUUCUCGGGGUGGAAAAUACAUUAACUAACUGAAAGAAAAGCAAGCUAUGGACCUUCAGCAGAA